AUGGCUGAGAGAACACCCCUCCGACCUCCAACCCCCCAUCCUUACCAGGACCCAUACUUCCAGCAUCACACCCACCACCUCUCCCAACACCUCCACCCCAGCAUCGGGAGCCCCGGUCUGGGCCUCACACCUUGCCACCACCCCCUGGAGCUCCAGACUCCCCUGGAGCAAUAUAGAGGAACUGGAAUAGAGGCAGCACCCAGGACCACUCACCCCGAUUCAAGCCCCUACUCUGGGGGGAGCAGGGACAGCUACAGGGGUGGGGGUGGUGGAAGAGGAGGUUAUGUAGACAUUCAUGGACAUAGCAUAGGUGAUAACAGUAGUGAUUUUGAUGGUAGAGGUGGUUGUUUUGGAGCGCAGAAAGCUAGCUACUUUAAUAGGGGGGUCGCAGAUGAUGGUGUAGGUCAAGGGGAUGAUUUCGGCCUCCAUUUUGAAAGUCAGAGCCUUGGCUAUGCUAGCCAGAGGGAUGAGGGCUGCGACGGGGAUGAUGUCUUUCACAGAACGGAUGAGGGCUGUAACAGGGAUGAUGUCUUUCACAGAACGGAUGAGGGCUGUAACAGGGAUGAUGUCUUUCACAGAACGGAUGAAGUCUGUAGUAACAGGGACGAUGUGUUCUACAGUAGAGAGUAUGUGUGUGAGGAGAGGGGAGAUGGUAAUAGUGAUUAUAGAGACACCACUACCGGUAGCCAUGAUGGUGGAAUUAAUAGAACUGGUCAUCUCUAUAAUGGUAGUGAUAGCUUUGGCAAUAGGGUUGAUGAUACAGGAAAGAGGGUUAGUUUGAGAAGGGUUGAUGACACAGAAGGAGACUGUGAUGAUUUUGGGAAUAAAAUAUCCAACCUGGAUCCUCCAGAGGCCCAGUUGAAGCCUGGGCUUUGGGUGAGUCCCUCUCCCCCAGAUCGGGGUUCUGUGGCUUGGGAAGGCAGGGAGAGGGUUGGGGGCUACCCCCAGGACAAGGCCUCUCUGUACUCCUACUCCCAGGCAGCAGGUGGUGCUAGUGGUGGUGGUGUUGGGGUGUACCAGCAGAAACUGGACUCCUUCUCAGAGGCAUUCUUCUUCAGACGCAACAUCUCCGGCAGCAGAAUUCCAAAUGGGAAUUCUGGAAGUGGGGUUUUAGGAUUCGGAGUGGGAGUGGGAGGAGGAGGAGGAGUGGGAGGAGGAAGAAUGGGACGGAUCAAAGCGAGUGCUUACGAUUCGCACACAGACUCUUCCCCUCCUCCUCCUCACCUUUUCCCCCUGCUCCUUAGUCCUCCUCCCACACCCCUCCCCCUUCCCAAACUCACCUCACCCCACUCUCUCGGGACAGUUGAACUCACCCAGACCACAGGGGGGGAUUGUAGCGGAACAGUCCAGUUUUACCCCUCCUCUCACCAGCCACUCCACUCCUCCCACCCCUCCGCCGUCAUGUGGAAGCUCCCGCCCUCUCAUUGGCUGCAGCAGUCAGGUGAAGUUGGUGUCGUCGAGGGCAACCCCUCAAGCGCCGGCCGUGUAUACUGCCAGGAGGCAGUGUUUACCCGGAGACAGGUUUACACCAGGACUAUGAGAAUAAUACAGGUAUGGUGCUGUUAGUAGGAGUCAGGUAUGGUGCUGUUUGUUAGUAGGAGUCAGGUAUGGUGCUGUGUGUUAGUAGGAGUCAGGUAUGGUGCUGUGUGUCAGUAGGAGUCAGGUAUGGUGCUGCGUGUCAGUAGGAGUCAGGUAUGGUGCUGUGUGUCAGUAGGAGUCAGGUAUGGUGCUGUGUGUCAGUAGGAGUCAGGUAUGGUGCUGCGUGUUAGUAGGAGUCAGGUAUGGUGCUGUGUGGGGCAGUAGUAGGAGUCAGGAUGUGCUGUGUGUCAUAGAGAGUCAGGUAUGGGUGCUGUGUGUCAGUAGAGCAGGUAUGGUGCUGCGGUCAGUAGGAAGUCAGGAUGGUGCUGUGUGGUUCGUAGGAGUCAGGUAUGGUGCUGUGUGUCAGUGUGUCAGUAGGAGUCAGGUAUGGUGCUGUGUGUCAGUAGGAGUCAGGUAUGGUGUGUUAGUAGGAGUCAGGUAUGGUGCUGUGUGUCAGUAGGAGUCAGGUAUGGUGCUGUGUGUCAGUAGGAGUCAGGUAUGGUGCUGUGUGUCAGUAGGAGUCAGGUAUGGUGCUGUGUGUUAGUAGGAGUCAGGUAUGGUUGCUGUUGUCAGUAGGAGUCAGGUAUGGGCGUGUGUCAGUAGGAAGUCAGGGUCUGGUGUGUGUGUCAGAGGAGUAAGGUAUGGUGCUGUGUGUCAGUAGGAGUCAGGUAUGGUGCUGUGUGUCAGUAGGAGUCAGGUAUGGUGCUGUGUGUUAGUAGGAGUCAGGUAUGGUGCUGUGUGGUCAGUAGGAGUCAGGUAUGGUGCUGUGUGUCAGUAGGAGUCAGGUAUGGUGCUGUGUGUCAGUAGGAGUCAGGUAUGGUGCUGUGUGUCAGUAGGAGUCAGGUAUGGUGCUGUGUGUCAGUAGGAGUCAGGUAUGGUGCUGUGUGUCAGUAGGAGUCAGGUAUGGUGCUGCUGUGUCGUAGGAGUCAGUAGUGCUGGUAGUGGAGUCAAGUCGGUAUGGGCUGUGUCGCGUAGGAGCAGUAUAUGGUGCUGUGUGUCAGUAGGAGUCAGGUAUGGUGCUGUGUGUCAGUAGGAGUCAGGUAUGGUGCUGUGUGUCUGGUACUAGGAAGUCAGGUAUGGUGUGUGUGUUCAGUAGGAGUCAGGUAGGGCUGUGUGUCAGUAGGAGUCAGAAGGUUAUGGGGGCUGCGUGUCAGUAGGAGUCAGGUAUGGUGUGUGUGGGCAGUAGGAGGCAGGUCUGGUGCUGGUAGUAGGAGUCAGGUAAUGGUUGCUGUGUGUCAGUAGGAGUCAGGUAGGGUGCUGGUGGGGGGGGGGGGUUCCAGGUUUUUUGGGGGGGGGGAGUCAGCUUGGGCUGUGGUCAGUUGGAGUCGGUAUGGUGCUUGUGUGUCAGUAGGAGUAGGUAUGGUUCUGUGUGGUCGUAGAGUCAGGUUGGUUGCUGUGUGUCAGUAGGAGUCAGGUAUGGUGCUGUGUGUCAGUAGGAGUCAGGUAUGGUGCUGUGUGCAGAGGAGCAGGUUUAUGGUGCUGUGUGUCAGUAGGAGUCAGGUAUGGUGCUGUCAUAGAGUCAGGUAUGGUGUGGUGCAGUAGGAGUCAGGUAUAUGGUGCUGUGUGUCAGUGCGAGUCAGGUAUGGUGCGGUGUCAGUAGGGAGUCAGGUAUGGUGCGUUUGUCAGUAGAAGUCAGUAUGUGCGUGUGUCAGUAGGAUAGGUAUGGUGCUGUGGUUAGUAGGAGUCAGGUAUUGUGCUGUGUCCUUACCUACCUUCCCAUUUGUUCGUUGCUACCCCCUCUAUUUGCUCAAGGUACUAAGUCUUAAACUCCGGUAGAAUCAAACUUUUUCUUUGCCUCACCCCUUCAUCCAUCCCUCCACCCAUCCUCUCUUCCAUCCCAGCCCCCGCGUGGACUGCCAGAGCAUGGAGCAGCACCCCUAGUGGUGUAUAGAGGUACUCCCUUCCCCAGUCUGCUCCAGUCUAAUAGAGGUGGAUGGCAGAGGGAGGUGGAGCGGUUUGGGAGAAGGCUCCACUACACCCCUCUACCUAUGCUGAACCCCCAACGCAGGGGAACGGGGCUCCUCUCCUCCCUCAUCCCCCCUUCAGCUGGGGAACGAGCGAUGGGAAGGAUGACAGAAGAGAAGAAGGGAUAUUCUAUACUUCCGUGAGUUUGGAUGGAUUUAGUAUUAUUUAUUUAGUAAAUCCACUUUUUUCAUCUUCUAUCACUCGUUCAUUUGUUUGUUCUUUCACUCAUUCGUUCAUUCAUUGAUUCAUUCUCCCAGGUGUAUCAAUGUGGGUCCAGGGUUCCAGGCUGAGCUGCCAUGUUGUCUAGAGAGGGAGGAGGGGUCAGGGGCGUGGUCAGAAGAAUCAUCAUCCAACAAGGAGUUGCUCUGGAAACCAUGGGAGGAGCUUCAGAAGAGUUCUGUAAUUCAGGAAGAAGGUAAGAAGAAGCAUUCAACCAUACUUCCUUAG